AUGACAAAAAUAAAAUAUUGUGUUAUUUUAUAUCAAAUGAAUUUGCUAAACAUUAGGUUUGGGAAAAUCGAGAUUUAUGGGAAACUAGUAUUAUUCAAUAGAUCUAUGAAAAAAUCAAAGAAUUAAUAACAGAUAUCAAGUCAAUUGGAAUAAAUUUCAGUAGAAAAAAAUAUGAUUUUAACUAUUUUAACUCAGAUGGCAUAAAAUAUGUUAUUAUUCAAUUUUAAAAUUGGAGAUUUGAAAGAUAUUAUGUAUAAGUUUUUGGACUUUUUUGAAUUGAAUAAAGAAAUAACAUAUGAUUUAUUGUAUCAUAUUUAAUAUUAUUUUAGAAUGCAAUAGAAGGAUUUGAAAAAUAAUAAAAAAUAGAUUAAGCUUUUGAAAAAGAAGCAUAAUUUUAAAGAACAUAAGAAUAAAUUGAAUAAACACAAUAAUAGAUGA